GGCAGUUCGGUGAUAGUAAGCUAAGCUAUGAAACCCCAAUCACUUUACCCCCCCUUUCUUCUGCGUUUCUUCUUCGCUUUGCUGUGCACAGAGGCGCCGCAUAAUGAAGCUCCGAUCAACGGAGGUACCAUCGUUUUUACGACACUUGGCCGACCGGAUUACGAUUGGGACAUCUUCACGCUUCCAACUUCCGACCCACCAAGUCCUUCAAAUGAACUCCGGGUUACCGACGGUGAAUCCGUUAACUUCAAUGGCCACUUCCCCUCGUCCUCACCUUCCUCUAUUCUCUCGCUGUUGCACAACCGAAGCCUAAUUCAAGCCCCAAAAGCUCCGCUGCCGGCGCUUCAGCUCAUCUAUGUGACGGAACGCAACGGUACGUCCAAUAUUUACUAUGACGCGUUUUAUUACAGUACGCCGAGAAGUACUAGAUCGAGAUCGGCACUUGAAAUUCCCGUCCGACUUCAGGCACCUUUGUUGAGUUUAGAAGCAAACAGGAAUCGGGUUUCGAUGAAAGAUAAGCCGAGUUUGAGUGGGGAGAAUUUGAUUUAUGUGUCGAAUCAUGAGGAUCCGGGUGAACCCAGGACGAGUUGGGCUGCUGUGUACUCCACUCAUUUAGGAACCGGAUUGACUCGACGACUCACUCCUCACGGAAUCGCCGAUUUUAGCCCCGCCGUGUCUCCGUCUGGGGUCUGGACAGCCGUGGCUUCGUAUGGGAGGGAUGGUUGGGAUGGGGAAGUGGAAGAACUGAGUACCGAUGUAUAUGUUUUCUUGACUCGUGAUGGGAGUCACCGAGUCAAGAUUGUUGAACAUGGUGGGUGGCCUUGCUGGGUUGAUGACUCAACUCUGUAUUUCCAUAGGCGAAGUGAAGACCAGUGGAUAAGUGUUUAUAAAGCGACUUUACCUAAACACAAACCGGUUUCGAUCGAGGCAGUGACAAUUCAACGAGUCACACCACCGGGUCUCCACGCUUUCACCCCAGCUACUUCUCCAGGUAACUAUAAUUUCAUAGCAGUAGCUACAAGAAGACCCAAUUCUAGUUUUCGCCACAUUGAGCUAUUUGACACUGUUAAGAACGAGUUCAUUGAGCUAACUCGACAUGUUUCUCCUACAAGUCAUCACUUAAACCCGUUUAUAUCACCCGACUCAACCCGAGUUGGGUACCAUAAGUGUAGGGGAGGAAGUAACGGAGGAAAAACUUCCCAAUUAUUGCUUGAAAAUGUUGAAAGCCCAGUGCCAAAUCUCUCUCUUUUUAGAGUCGAGGGUUCAUUUCCUAGUUUCUCACCAACGGGUGACCGAAUAGCCUACGUGGAGUUCCCUGGUAUUUAUAUUGUGAACCGUGACGGAUCAAAUCUACGCAAGGUUUUCUCCUUGAAUGCUUUUGCAACCGCAUGGGACCCGAUCCGGCAAGGAAUUGUAUACACAGUAGUAGAGUCAAGAAACGGAAAUUUAUGGCUUUUGCCAAUGAAACACGCUUCACACAUGUUAUUCAUAUCUUUAGAAAGCAAUACAUCAAUUGUUUUACAAACACUAGAAACAAUAUUGUACGUUUCAUGUCCUAAUUGAUGAUGCCAAAGUUCUAA